GAGAGAGAGGAGGCUGGAGAGGCUGAAUUAACGAGGUAUUAGUUCAGAAGACAAUACUGGAUGAUCCUUGUGAAAGAGAAGAUUCAACAAUGGAGCCUGUCCAUAUUAAAGAGGAGAGUCCUGCACUAGAAUCAGUCCAUAUUAAAGAGGAGAGUCCUGCACUAGAAUCAGUCCAUAUUAAAGAGGAGAGUCCUGUACUAGAAUCAGUCCAUAUUAAAGAGGAGAGUCCUGUACUAGAAUCAGUCCAUAUUAAAGAGGAGAGUCCUGUACUAGAAUCAGUCAAUAUUAAAGAGGAGAGUCCUGAACUAGAAGCAGUCCAUAUUAAAGAGGAGAGUCCUGUACUAGAAUCAGUCCAUAUUAAAGAGGAGAGUCCUGUGCUAGAAUCAGUCCAUAUUAAAGAGGAGAGUCCUUUACUAGAAUCAAUCCAUAUUAAAGAGGAGAGACCUGAACUAGAAUUGGUCCAUAUUAUAGAGGAGAGUCCUGUACUAGAAUCAGUUCUUAUUCAAGAGGAGCUUCCUGAAGUAGACCCUGUCCAUGUCAAUGAGGAGGGUAACCAUUUUAAAACAAACAGCUUGCAGGACUCUCUGUCCUGUACAGAAUGUGGAAAGAGUUUCAGCCAGUUACAAACCCUGAAACUUCACCAGCGAAUCCACACAGGAGAGAAACGACAUGUCUGUGUUGACUGUGGGAAAAGAUUCAGUCAGUCAGGCAACUUGAAAAGACACCAGAUAAUUCACACUGGAGAGAAACCAUAUACCUGUGCUGACUGUGGUAAGAGUUUCAGACGUUUACAAAACCUGAAACUUCACCAGCGAAUCCACACAGGAGAGAAACGACAUGUGUGUGCUGACUGUGGGAAGAGUUUCAGUCAGUCUGGCAACUUGAAAAGACACCAGCGAAUUCACACAGGAGAGAAACCAUAUGUCUGUGCUGACUGUGGUAAGAGUUUCAGACAUUUACAAAACCUGAAACUUCACCAGCGAAUCCACACUGGAGAGAAACGACAUGUCUGUGCUGACUGUGGGAAGAGUUUCAGUCAGUCUGGCACUUUGAAAAUACACCAGCGAAUUCACACAGGAGAUAAACCGCAUCUGUGUAGUAAAUGUGGGAAAAUUUUCAAUCUGCUGGCACAUCUUAAAAACCACCAGUUAAUUCACACAGGCGAGAAACCACAUACCUGUAAUGACUGUGGGAAGAGCUUUAGACAGAUAGACAACUUGAAAAGACACCAGAGAAUUCACACUGGAGAGAAACCAUAUGUCUGUGCUGACUGUGGGAAGAGUUUCAGUCAGUCUGGCACUUUGCAGAUACACCAGCAAAUUCACACUGGAGAGAAACCACAUCACUGCCAUGACUGUGGAAAGAGUUUCAGAUGGAUAGGAGGUUUGAAAAUGCACCAGCGAUUCCACACAGGAGAGAAACCUUAUCACUGCAGUCGCUGUGGGAAGUCUUUUAUGGCCUCUGGUUCUCUUAAAAGACACAAAUGCAAGCUGUGAAAGUUUAGGCAGAAUGUGAGUGUGUGUUCAUUCACCCGCACUCAGAAAUUCCAGUCUUAAUAUAAAAACUGUGUGAACUCUGGUGACUGUCUACAGAUGAUACAGAUCCCUCAAUAUUAAACACAGUUCUGAAGCUGUUCCAUUAUAAAGUACAUUCCUAUAAGUUUUAUUGCAUUAUAAUUGAUUUCUCUUUUAAAAUGUCCCUUUGAACUAGCUUUUAAACAUAGCUUGUUGUAAUUCCAACUUAUAUCUGUGUAACUCUUCCUAACAUAAUAAACUGCAUCGGAAUGAGAAUAACAAGCUGUUUUAAUCAGUAAGAAGGGUUUCUGUUAGCAUGAUUAGUAAGCUGUGUGUUAAUGGUGUUCAGAUGAACUUCAAGAUUGAGAGAAAUAAACUCAGUAAACCCUAUCUUUGUAAUCAAA